AUGCUAGUCCUCAACGUCUUGUCGUGGUCAUCGCUGGCCUGUCUGUCCUUCGCAUCCCAGAGCUGGUGGGAUCUGGGCAAUGGGUUUCGGAUCACCGUCAAUAAGGGCGCAAACCACCUGCUAGUCACAGAUCAGAAUAAUACCACCAUCUGGGAAACCCCGCCCAAUCAACCAUUUCUCAGUGCAAGUGCUGGGCGGGAUCGUAUCGUGGAUUCGAGUGGUAAUUUCAAGAUCACUGAGGUGAACAAGAGCAAGUGCACGUCGCAGCAGAUUCAGCAUGUCCGUCCACAACCGUGGAGCAGCAGUGCAAGCAGUCAUGCGAUCGUUAUCCAGGGCCAAUUGUCCGGCUGUGGUAGCUCAACUGCCAUCUUCUCUCUGGGCUUCUACGUCCCGGCCGACCUCCCAGACCGGGUUGCGUUCUAUACAGACCUCAAUCCUGGUCUGUCCGCCCGCUCGUUGAACAACUUGUUCUUGACCUACCGAUCUUCAUCCUCAGAGCAGAUCUAUGGACUAGGUGCCCAGGCAUCGUUUGCAUCACUGAAAAACCAAUCAGUGCCAAUUUUCUCACGUGAACAGGGAGUCGGCCGCGGCGACCAGCCCACCACGCACCUCGAGAGCGAGGAAAGCUUUUUCUCGGGGGGCGAUCGAUUCACAACGUAUAGCGCAGUGCCCCAAUACAUCACUUCGAAGUCGCGCGUGUUCCACCUGUCGGAGAGAAGCACGGCUUAUGCGAACUUUGAUUUCCGGGACCCAGAGGCCGUGACCGUUCGAUAUGCUGCUCUCAGGGUCGAUGGCUAUUUUAUGCAAGCAAGUGACAUGCUGAACGGAAUCUCCAUGCUGACGGCAUAUACGGGGAAAAUGCCAGAGCUUCCUCGUUGGGUUGACACCGGGGUUUGGCUGCAGGACUGGUGCGGUACGCAUUCACAGAGUGCAUCCUACCUAAACGGGCUGAAUAUCUCACGGUUAUGGUGGAACUGGGAGGCUGAUUCCGAUUUGUAUCCAUCCUGGAACGAGUUCGUCCAAGGACUUCUCGACCAGCACAACGUGCGCACUUUGUCUUACAUCAACCCAUUCUUGGCGAAUGUCAGCAGCAAGCCGGAUGGCUAUCGGCGGGACCUCUACUCCGAGGCCACGAACGGAGGCUAUAUGAUUCACAACUCCACCACAAACAGCACGUCGAUCAUUUCCAGCGGGCCCGGGAUCGAGGCUGGGAUUGUGGACCUUACUAACCCAGCUGCCUGUGCUUGGUUCCAGCGAGUGAUGAUUGAACAGGUAUGGAGUGCGAACGUGUCUGGCUACAUGUGUGAUUUUGGUGAAUACACACCUGUCCUCCCGGACACUCGACUGGCGAACACAAGCAUUGACCCAAUGCUCUACCAUAACGAAUAUCCUCGCGACUGGGCUCAUUUACACCACUCGCUUAUUGAUCGUGUGCCUGCAGUUGCAGACGCGGUUCUGUUCCACCGCUCCUCGUCAAUGUCUGCCAACCGCCACAUGAACCUAUACUGGGCUGGGGAUCAAAAUACCAAUUGGGGCGUGAAUGAUGGCAUCAAAUCUGCCGUCACAGUCCUGGGACAUAUGGGUCUUUCUGGAUAUGCACACGGACAUGUCGAGAUUGGUGGAUAUACGACCACUUGGGAUAGCCACGGAAUCGUCAAUCGCUCUGCUGAGCUCCUUGGUCGCUGGGGAGAGCUCGCUGCGGUAUCUAGCUCGGUUUUCCGGUCACACGAGGGGAACGUCCCUGGGGUCAACGCGCAGUUCUACACCAAUACGUCAACCUAUGCCUACCACGCGUAUAAUGCUCGCAUGUUCCGCAGCCUUGCGACCUACCGACGUCGGAUCUUGGAUACCGAAAGCAAACGGAAAGGCUGGCCGUUGGUGCGGAUGCCGGUGGUUUAUUAUCCAGAGGACAAGAAGGCUCAGCAGAUCAGCUAUCAAAGCUUCUUCCUUGGCGCCGACCUGUACGUUGCGCCCGUGUUAGACCCAGGCCAGCAAAGCGUAGCAGCGUAUUUCCCCGGAGAGGAUCAACUUUACACGCAUGUGUGGUCAGGCAAGGAAUAUCGGGGUGGCCACACUGCACUGAUCCCGGCACCGUAUGGAAAGCCCGCAGUGUUUUUGGUGGGCACCCCAAAGCACCAUGACUUGGAGGAAUUUCUCGAGUUUGUCCGCGUGGAGAAUGGGACGGCGAUCCGGGUUUAA